UCGCCAGUGAGGAUUGACCGUGGCGGGGAUCAGGGAAGGGGAGGCAGAGCCGGGGUCGUGGCCGAGGCCCGUCACCCGGGACGCCCGCACCGCCCUGCCCGGCCGCGCUCGCUGCUGUCGAUCCCACCGCCAGCACCGGCACCGUCCUCCAGCAGAGCCCUGCUCGGCGGGACCCCGCGCCGGCUGUGCGCGGGCCGGGCUCCGCCAGCGCUGGUUGGGCGCUGGGCGGAGGAGGCGGGAUCACGGGCCGGGGCCGGGUGCUGAUUGGACGCUGGGCGGAGGAGGCGGGACCACGGGCCGCGACCGGGUGCUGAUUGGGUGCUGGGUGGAGGAGGCGGGACCACAGGCCGGGACCGGGUGCUGAUUAGACGCUGGGCGGAGGAGGCGGGACCGCGGGCCAGGGCCCGGCACUGAUUGGACGCUGGGCGGAGGAGGCGGGCAGGGGCGCGGGCGGCAGCGAUGGCGGGCGCGGCUCUGUCGCGGGUGCCGGACGUGCAGAUCGAUGGCGAUGGUGUCUUCAAGUACGUGCUGCUGCGGGUGCGCGGGGCCGGCGCGCCCGCCAAGGACGUCGUGCGAGGCCACGCCUGGGCCGAGUACCACGCCGACUUGUUGGAGCGCACCGCGGAGGAGCUGGCGCGGCACGGCCUGAGCUGUGAGUGCCUGGGCGGCGGCCGCCUGUCCCACCGCCCCGAGGAGAGGAAGAUCCACGUCUACGGGUAUUCGGUGGGCUUUGGACGAGCUGACCACGCUGUGACCACAGAGAAGCUGAAGGCCGAGUAUCCCGACUAUGAGAUCACCUGGGCAGAUGAAGGGUACUGACUCCUCUAUCUGUGGUGCCAGCCCAGAACUGGCACAGCUGUAUGCAGCACUGGGGUGGUGGCAGCAGGCUGCCCAUGCUCGGCCAUGCUCCAGGCUCUCCUGAUUUUUCCUCUGUGUUGAACUUGCCCAUUCUCCGCUAUUACUGGACUGUCCCCGUGCCAGGUGCUCCCACCUCCCUGGCAUGGCAAAGCUGGUGAAGCCAGUGGUUGCUCUGCCCCAGCCUCCUGGUGCCAGGGGCUCAUCCACGUGUAUCUGUGAGAAUUAAAGUCGUUGGAGGAGCACAGCUGCUCUGGUGGCCAUG